AUGGUGGAGCGAGGUGUCCUCUGGGCUGAAGACCAAGACCCCUUCGGCCAUGUCAUGCAAUCACAGUACAUGCACUUUCUAGGUACAUGUUUCCAUCGCGUAAUGGAAAGCUACGACGAGUUCCUCAGCCAGCAAGAAUACGAUGACAUGAUUCAUGCGAAAUCCGUUGUUCCUGCGAUCCGCAAAUAUGACUUGGAUAUCCGCAGGCAGGUCAAGUAUCCCGCUUCGCUCAUUGUUGCCUAUCGUCAGGACCUCAUUGAGCCAACACGAAACCAUGGCACGACCAUUCUCUUCUCACUGAACCAGCAAGCCAUCGUCGCUGAGGUCAAGGGUUCGUUCACCUACAUGAACGCUACUACGGGCCGUCCCAUCAACAUCCACAACCUGGGCGGGGGUUGGGCGCGUCUGUACGAAGGAUUCACUAUCCAGUCGCAACAGGCGGCUGCACUCAAGGCAAAGUGGGAAACCGAACACCCGAAGGCUCGAUCCGGGGCGAUAUCGAAGAUUUAA